AAGGUAUGCACUUCGUGUGCUAUCACAAUUGGAUACUCUCUGGCUAGCUAGAUAGCUAAUAUUACAUAUGUUUAACAACUUGAAUAUCUAGUGGGCAGUCAGUCAACAACCAGGUUGCCGCAGGCACUUUUUGAUAGCUUCCAAAUCUGUUGAGUUAUUGUCGGUAUGUGUCAUUUACAGCUGAGGACAUUGCUUUUUGUGGCGUGGGUGUUGGGCUACAUUGCCUUGCUGCUCGGUACUAGAAAGAUGUGGACGGGGAAAUACGUGCGCAGUCCACUCGCCCGUUCACUUUUCAUGAACAUGGUGAGCGAAAGCAAAGAAGCCGGACAAGAUACCCAGGAGUGGUACAGGUGCUCUCCAGACCUGUUGGGGGAGGUGGUACGGCCUCUGUUUGUGCAGAGCCAUCUGGACCGGGACACCCAGGCUUUUCUGAGACGCAGUAUAGAGAAGUCUGGCUUGAUGUUCACCCAGCUCUACCACUCCUUCAUCUCCACUGUCCUCGGCCCCCUGGUGUCACGCACAUCCAUCAACGGGUUCCUAGGUCGUGGCUCUAUGUUUGUGUUCUCUGCGGAUCAGUUCCAGCAGCUGCUCCGCGUCGCCCCCGAGUGGCGAGGGCAGAGACUGCUGGACCUAGGGGCUGGGGACGGGGGCGUCACUGAGGUGAUGGGAGCCCAUUUCAGAGAGGUCUACACCACUGAGGUCUCUCCUCCCAUGAAGUGGCACCUCCAGAGGAAGUACAAGCUUUUAGGUAUUGAUGAGUGGCAGCAUACUGGGUUCCAGUAUGACCUGAUCAGCUGUUUGAAUCUGCUAGACCGCUGUGACGACCCCCUGGAUCUCCUCAGGGGCAUCCACCGGUCGCUGGUGCCCGGCACAGGGAGACUCAUCCUGGCCGCUGUCCUGCCCUUCCAGCCCUGGGUGGAGAUAGGUGGGAAGUGGCAGCGCCCCAGAGAGCACAUCAAAGUGACGGGGAAGAAGUGGGAGGAGCAAGUCACCAACCUGUCCAAUGAGGUGUUCCGGGAGGUGGGGUUUGAGGUGGAGGCAGUGACUCGGCUGCCAUAUCUGUGUGAAGGAGACAUGUACAAAGAUUACUAUGUACUGGACGAUGCUGUCUUCGUCCUGAAACCUGUGGAGGAGUGAAGUCAAUUACUGUAUCUUGAAAUGCAUCUGAAUUGUCCAAAAUUGCAUCCAUUUCUUCCUUCCUUCAUCAGCACUAAUCUUAAACCGAUCAUCUUUCCAACGGGACUGGACAAGUGAGAGGUUUUUGCCAUGUUACUUUCACCAAUCCUGUGUUAUCAGAUGAAUGCAGACCGAUUACAGGAGAGGAAGCCACUUUAGACUAUUGAGUUGCAUCCUCUGACUUUUCCUAGAGCAUCUGUGUACAGUAGAGAGCUUCAUCUUACUGGUAGGUGCUUUUAGCAAUGCGGGUGUAUUUACAUACAUACUUGCUUUCAAUUGUAUUGGGUUGCACAAACACUGUCCUCAGGAAGCCAGAAGUUAAAUACAAUUCCAUUUGAACUUACUGUGCAGGGGGGCAGGACGGUUGGUCAUUAUGACGGGGACAUUUUAGACAAAAUAUCUAAAGGAUUUAAUUAUUAUAAGUCUGAUAUUUUGUCUCAAAUUCCUCCCAUCUUAAUGCCCACCGGUUGAAAUGGAAUUGUAUUUAACUUCUUGCUUCCCACAGACUGUUUUUGUGCAACCCAAUACAAUUGAAAGCAACGCUAAUGUAAAUACACCCGUGUUGCUAAAAGCACCUAUCUGACUGGGUGUUGGAUUUUUAUUUCACUGGUGGAGCUGAAGCAAGAUAUUUUCUUAAACUGUAAUUAUCUUUUUAAAGUCAGCUGGUGAAUCCUGGUUUUAAACUCUGGUAGCUCCACUAUUUACCAACCACCAUGUGUCAUACUGUGUCAUACCUCUACAUUCUAAGCAAAGAAACACACAAAAUGGAUGUUUGCCAUUGAAUAUAUAAACAUUUUUCCUCCAAAAGUUUAGUAAGUGUUGGUAACAGGCUGAUUGGUCGGCUAUUUGAGCCCCCUUUACUGGCUCAAAUAGCCGACCAAUCAGCCUGUUACCAACACUUACUAAACUUUUGGAGGAAAAAUGUGUUUUACCAGAUACAAUGCUAUUAGGUAGAGGGAUUACUUUUGCAUCCCUCCAGGCCUGAGGGCACACAAUUUCUAGUAGGCUUAAAUUGAAGAUGUGGCAAUAUCGUCCGCUAUUAUCCUCAGUAAUUUUCCAUAAAAUGUUCCAUAUCACUGCAAAUUGUCUGUUCUUGGUUGAAGUAUAUUGCUUUAAAUGUAUUGUCUUAUUCUGAGUUGAUACUUCAUUUAUCCAGCAAUAACACAUUGUGAAACUGUACAAUUGAAUAAUUGGAUCUCUAUUGAUUCAGUCAAGCACAGAUGGAGGGAAUUUCUUCACUUUCUACAAGUCUAAUUGUCUUAAGGUUUAAUCAUAAGCACACUGUUCUCACUGUUGUAUUUUCAACUGGGCAGUAUCGUUCUGUUACAAUGACACUGAUAUCUGGAUUGAUUAUUGAUUGCGAUACGAGGCCUUAUCAGUGAAUACCGCCCAUCUGAAGUUUUAUAGGCAGCAAGGCAGCAAAACACGUUUACUUUAAAUAAUGUGCCACUCACCUCAGUGUAUUUUACUUGAAAAAUAAUAUUGCCUCAACAACAAAUAAAUGAUUUUUUUUCUGUGA